GAGGAGAUCGGGCAGCGGAACGGACGGGGGCCGGCGCCGCAGGAGCGCUGGCUGGUGAUCGACAGGAAGGUGUACGACAUCAGCCACUUCUGCCGGAGACACCCGGGGGGCUCCCGGGUCAUCAGCCACUACGCCGGGCAGGACGCCACGGAUCCUUUCAUUGCUUUUCAUCUUGACAAGGCACUGGUAAGGAAGUACAUGAACCCUCUUCUGAUUGGGGAACUGGCACCAGAUCAGCCCAGCUUUGAGCCCAGCAAGAAUAAAAAGCUGGUGGAGGAUUUCCGUGAGCUCCGUGCAACUGUGGAGAAAAUGGGGCUUCUCCAGCCCAACCACGCCUUUUUCAUCCUCUAUCUCUGCCACAUCUUGGUGCUGGAUGUUGCAGCCUGGCUCAUCAUCUGGUAUUUUGGAGCAUCCUUGGUGCCUUUUCUCUUCUCUGCGGUGCUUCUGGGCACUGUCCAGGCCCAGGCUGGCUGGCUCCAGCAUGAUUUUGGACACCUGUCAGUCUUCAGCAAGUCCAGGUGGAACCACUGGGUGCACAAGUUCGUCAUCGGCCAUCUCAAGGGAGCCCCGGCCAGCUGGUGGAAUCACCUCCACUUCCAGCACCAUGCCAAACCCAACUGCUUCCGGAAGGAUCCUGAUGUCAACAUGCACCCCUUGUUUUUUGCUUUGGGGAAAACCCUCUCUGUGGAGCUUGGUGUGCAAAAGAAGAAGUUCAUGCCUUACAACCACCAGCACAAGUACUUCUUCAUUAUCGGUCCCCCAGCGCUGGUGCCCCUUUACUUCCAGUGGUAUGUCUUCUACUUCGCUGUGCAGCGGAAGCAAUGGGCGGACCUGGCCUGGAUGCUGUCCUUCUACAUCCGAUUCUUCCUCACCUAUUUGCCCUUCCUGGGGGUGAAGGGUACCCUGGGGCUCCACAUGUUAGUCAGGUUUAUAGAAAGCAACUGGUUUGUCUGGGUCACUCAAAUGAAUCACAUCCCCAUGCACAUUGAUUAUGAUAAGAAUGUGGACUGGUUCUCUACCCAGCUCCAGGCAACCUGCAAUGUUCAUCAGUCCUUGUUCAAUGACUGGUUCAGUGGCCACCUGAACUUCCAGAUUGAGCACCACCUUUUCCCUACAAUGCCACGGCACAACUACUGGAAGGUGGCCCCUCUGGUGAAGUCCCUGUGUGCCAAGCACGGCAUUGAGUACCAGUGCAAGCCUCUGCUCACAGCCUUCGCAGACAUCGUGCACUCUUUGAAAGAUUCAGGGGAGCUGUGGCUCGAUGCUUAUCUACAUAAAUAAGUAGCAGUGGAUCCAUGCAGAGGCAUUCCCCAGCCUUGCUGCCUCCUGUGGUGAUCACCCUGAAGAUUCUGCACUGAGGAGAGCUGGCUAAGUCAGAGGUGGGGAGGUGGUGCCACUUAAUUCCAUGGAUGAAUGUAAUUAAUACAAAUUUUUCCUUUUUGUUUUAUUUUUUUUUUUUAAUAUGUGCUCUUAAUUUUUUCUUGUGCUUCUUUCAUUCCUCUUCUCUGGUGCUGAGUUCUGGGGAAAAGCUGGAUGGAGGAGGCUGUGUCCCACCUAGCUGGGUGCAGCUUUGGGGCUGGGAACAGGUUCCUUUCCAUCUGCUGAUCCUUCAGUUGCUGAGUAUAUAGGAGGGAAGCUUCUUAUCUAACGUAGGCUUUUUGGGGUGGUUCUUGUUGUGAGUGCAGUAAGAAAGUUGGGACAGCAUGUAAUCAAGGAAUGUGGGAAUUAGGGAAAUGUGGAAGCUCUAGGGAAUGAGGAAGGUUCAGUAUUUUCAAAUCCCUGUUUGUAAUAGGGAGCUCCCAGACCAAUUUGUAUAUAUGUGGGUGGGGAGGUGCAGGCCACAGUUCUCUAGGAACAGGACCUAGUUAAAGCCCUAACUGAGGUAGGGAAACAGGAAAGUGGAAGUUUUCCCAUGUGCCAUCUUCUGUGACAAUGCUGCCCUCCACAUCUCCUCUGGAAGCCUCUGGGUUAUUUGGCCACUGGUGACAUUCCAUGGUAGUGUCUGCAAGGGUUUUCUACCGUGCCAGACUUUGGAGUGUUAUGAAGCCAUUACUGAGAGCCAGAAACCUGUCCCAUCCAUACUGGGGAUCCCUACAAGAGUGACUAAGGAAGCAAAAGUGUCCAGGCAAGGUUGGACAGGGCUUGGAGCAGCCUGGUUUAAUGGAAUACAAUAAACCAUGGCAGGGAAUGGAAUGAGCUGAGCUGUAAGGUCCCUUCCAAUCUUUUUGAACUUCUGGGUGAUUUGUUAAAAGAAGAGAAUUCCUGACUCCUGGCCCGUGGAGAAUGAGGCAUUCCUGCCUGAGCAGCAGACAAAUCCAAGGAAGCUAGAAAGGUGGUAGAGGUCAGACUGCUGUUUAAAAGUGUUUAACUUUUCACUCAGCUGCAUAUCCACAGGCAUACCUCAGCCAAAACAUUGCUGGUCUCCCUCUCUUGGAUGAUGUGCCUUCCAAACACACCCCAGUACUGUGGGAUUUACUGAAUAGUCUUACUGCCUUUCAUUUUAAUUACUGCCCCAAUAUUACAGAUGCCAAAACACGAUGUAGCACCUGCCACACCACUAAGGAAGAUGCUCCAUCACCCUGGUCCCCCAGGGACUGGUGGAUUAGAAUCCAGGAGGGAUGGGUUGAUUUUGAGGAAUUUUUUUUCCCAAUCAACAUCCAAAAUGAGAAUGAAGUGUUGAGGAAAUGGAAGAAAUGUAUCUUCUCAGGCCAAGAGUGUUGUUAAGCAAAGGAUAAAAUUGUAAUGGGAAUAAUAAUACAAUCAUUAAAUUAAAGAAAGUGCGCCUUAGUUAUUGUUUUACCUUGUUGUUUCCCUGUUCCAUUUCUUUCCCUCUUCUUACAACUGUGGAUGGAGGAAAGUCUGUUAAUAAAAUUCCUUAUCUUACAAAUUU